GAGACGGGCUGACUGUCUCCAUCUCCCCUGCCCUCACCUGGCCCACUCCCAAGGGACCGACAUCUCCCCCUCAUCUCUGCGGGGGUCGUGGACGCUUUCCCGAACAUGAAGGUACCAAUUGUUUUCCUUUUGCUUGAAAUUCUUGGAGAGCUUCAGGUGUUAUCAAGCUCUUCCUCACCCAUCCACUGCCAGUGGCAACCCUUUGGGCCUUGGUCGGACUGUGACGGCUGCACGAAGACUCAGACCCGCAGGCGGACAGUGGCGGUGUACGGCCAGUUCCAGGGGAAUCCGUGCGUCGGAAGCGCCUUCGAGACCCAGUCGUGCGUCCCGACCCGGGGCUGUCCGGCCGAAGAAGGCUGUGGACAGAGGUUCAGGUGUUCCUCAGGUCAAUGCCUCAGCCAGUCUCUGGUUUGCAACGGAGAUCAGGACUGCGAAGAAGACGGCGCCGACGAGGAUCACUGUGAGAGCAGGCCCUCUUGCGACCUGGAUAAGGCGCCCCCCAAUGUGGAGCUGACAGGAAAAGGUUUUGAUGUUCUUACGGGCGAGACCAGGGGCAGGGUAAUCAACACAAAGAGCUUUGGUGGCCUGUGUCGGAAGGUGUUUAGCGGCGAUAAGAAAGAUUACUACAGGCUCAGCGCCAACGUCCUCUCCUACACGUUCCAGGUGAAAAUCAAGAAUGACUUCAGCUACGAAUUCUACAACAGCAGUUGGGCCUACGUGAAGCACAGCCAGACAUCCAUCACGUCCAGCAGCGGAGGAAUGAAAACGAAUCAGAUGAAUGAAAAUCGUAAUUCUAAGAGCUCGCAGAUUAUGGUUGUUCAAAACGAUGUGGAAGUCGCUCAGUUCAUCAAUAACCGCCCAGAGUUUCUAACCCUGGCCGAACCGUUUUGGAAAGAACUCUCUCACCUCCCGCCGGUCUACGAAUACAGCGCCUACCGAAGAUUAAUCGAACAGUACGGGACGCAUUAUUUGCAGUCUGGAUCGCUGGGAGGACAGUAUAAAGUCCUGUUUUACGUGGACACGGAGAAAAUGAAAAGAGAAGAAUUCAACAUGCUGGACAUGAAGGAGUGUGUCUCGUCAGGCUGGAAUUUUUUUUUUGUUCACAAGAAGAAGACCGAGUGCACAAAACUGGAGAACGUGUUGAAGUGGAGUUCAGGCUCUUCUAGCAACGAGAUCCGAGGGGACCCUUACAUCGAGGGAGGGAACCCCGCAUUCGUGGCCGGUCUCAGCUAUCUGGAUCUGAACAACCCCGCUGGAAACAGCGCCCGCUACGCCUCCUGGGCCGGCUCCGUCAGGGACUUCCCCUACGUAAUCAAGCAGAAGCUGGCACCUCUGUCGGAGCUGGUGAAGGAGGUGCCCUGCGAAGAGGUGAAGAAGCUGUUGCUGAAGCGCGCCAUCGAGGACUAUCUGCAGGAACAGGACUCCUGUCGGUGCCGGCCCUGCCGCAACGGGGGAGAACCCAUCGUCCUGGGCACGAACUGCCACUGCUCCUGUCGCCCCUACACCUUCGGCCCGGCCUGCGAACAUGGAGUUCUGGUCGGGGAUCAGGCAGGACUGGCCGACGGACGGUGGACCUGCUGGUCUCCCUGGAGCCCUUGCAUCCAAGGGAGGAAGUCCAGGAGUCGGACGUGUAACAACCCCCCUCCCAGUGGCGGGGGCCGGGCCUGUGUCGGUGAAGCCUUGGAAAGUCGGACCUGUGAAGACCAAGAGCUGGAACGCCUUCGUCUGAUUGAGCCACACUGCUUUGAUACACCGGAGGCUCCCACGGAAUUCUGCUCACCUCCGCCCGCCUUGGAAAAUGGCUUUAUCCAACCCACAGCUUCCUCCUUCCCCGCGGGACAAAACGUGGUGUAUGCAUGCCAGGAGGGCUACACCUUGGUGGGCGAUCCCGUGGCCAAAUGCGGAAAAGAUCUACGGUGGCAGAUCGCGGCCAUGAGCUGCCAGAAGACAGCGUGCGUCCUGCCGGCCUUGGGGGAAGACUUCCGGGUUGAGCCCCAGAAGUCAUUCUAUACCAUCGGAGAGAGGGUGGUCCUGUCCUGUGGGGCGGGCAAGCUCCUGGAAGGGCCAGCUAGCUUCCUAUGUGGCUCCAGCCUCAAAUGGCAGCCCGAAAUGAAGGCCAGUCAUUGUCACGUUCCAGUGCCAGCGCGGGAGUCGGAGCUGACGGAGCCCAAGUGUCCACCCUGGCAGAAGUUGCUGCACUCCAAAUGUGCUUGCAAAAUGCCCUACGAGUGUGGACCCUCGCUGGACGUCUGUGCCCAGAAUGAAGCGAACAAAAAAAUCAUAGCUCUGACCAUUUGCAAGCUGCAAGUCAUGGAGUGUGUGGGUAGGAAGUUCACGCUGGCCGCGGACAACAGCUGCAGCUUGCCCAAGUCCACUGGGAAGACGUGCGACGCGUGUUUGCUGUGGGAGAAAUGCGAUGAGCCAAGCGGCACGUGUGUGUGUCGUGAAGCAGCGGAGUGUGAGGGGCAAGAAGGGAUGAGCAUCUGCGUGGAAGAGGCCGGGGGCCGGCGGACGCUGAGCGAGUGCGAGGCUGGGGUCCUGAGAUGCCAGGGCCAGGAGCUCCCCGUCGUCGCCAUCACGCCCUGCCCCGAUGAGAGGAAGUAGCCUCCUCCACGGACCGCCGGGCCUUGUCCGACUCGCCCGUCCUCGGCCCGAACCUCUCCCUGUCUGAGCGGCCCCUGCUCUCAUCCAACUGACACCAGCCUUCCUCUCCUUUCCCGUCUCCUCCCCCUCUCCUUCCCAAACUCUACCUCUCCUUCUACUACCCUUCCCCUCCACUGCAUCUGUCCCCAUCUCUGACCUCUUUCCCAUCUCAACCCAUCCUCCUCCCCUUCUCCUUCCUCAUCUCUUUCCACUUCCUACUCCUUCCUCUCUGCUUCAUCUCUACCCCCUUCUCUCCCCCCUUCCUCCUCCCCAUCUACUUCCCGACUUCUACUGGCCUCCUAGUCCCCACCUCUCCCCAUCUCCAUCUCGACUCUUCCUCACCCUUCCUCUCUGCCCCAUCUCUAACCCCCAUCUCUACCUCUUUCCCCAUCUGGAUUCCUCCUCCCAUUGCCACCUCACCACUCUCCACCUUCCUGUCUCUGCCCCCUUCUGCAUCUUGACAUCUUCCCCUCCCCAUCUCUGGGUCCUCCCCUGCCAGGCCCCUCCUCCUCCCCAAUUCGUUGUCCCCCACCCCGCCAGACCUCUUGUAUAAACCCAAGCCAUUUUUGGUCCUGUUAUGUGGGGUCGAGGUUCUGUCUGUCAUGCCAUGUGGAGAGAAAGAAGACGAUAGCCACUAAUGAUGGUGGUCCAGCCCACAUCUCACUAGGGGAGGUGAUUCAAGAAAACACAAUAGAGCAGUCUGGGAGGAACUAGAGACUGUGGUGAGCUGAAAGGCUUGUAAUUAUUCCUCUUCACAGGAGCAUCUUUACUUUGCAUUUGCCUCCCUGAACAAGCUCGCGGGAAGACAGCCUCUGCUCCAGAGAUUGAAAGGUCUAAGUGAUGUGCAGCUUCUAGCCGUCAAGGGCACAGCUACGCUCUAACUUUGUAAUUUAGGAGCAACACAACAGCACUUAUUUCCUUAUCUUUUUUACUUUCAUCUAAUAGGUUUGAACCCAAGGGCCUUGAAUUUCAGGCCUGAGGAGGGCCCACACGUGUAUGCACAGAACGGGUAUUCGAGUGUCUACGGUGGGACUGGCUCUGGGCAUUUCCUCCGUAACCAGGCACAUGAGCACGUUUUGCAGGGGAAUUGAAUCCGCCAGGUUCGCGGGUUUAUCGAUUUAUCUCUCAACCAUCUUCUAUGGGAACAGAAAGAGCUGGCCAGGCAGUUGAAUGAAUGAGGUAAAAUGAUAAUGGAAUGGGGCUUGUUUGUUGAAAAAUCAAUUUACUGUAUUUCUUCCUAUUGAUAAAUACAUUGUAAGGAAA